AUGAGUUUAGACACUCUUAAUGGAAUUGAAUAUUUAGGUGCACAUUUAAAGGUAUUUUUAAAUAUUAACCUAGUUUAAAGUCCCUGGAUAUAGAGAAAAAGCAGAUGGUUAAAUAUAUUAUAGAAUUGUGUUGUAAUUUACAUUAGUUGAACCAUUUAAGCGAUCAGAUCUUGAAUAUACAUAUGAUAAUUGUAUAGCCUUAUGUAAAUAAUUGACUGUUUAAUGUCCUGAUUUACCUCAAUUACCAGGUAUAGGAAUGUUUGGAUUUAAACCAAAUACUUUUGAUUCUGAAAAAAGAAGAGUAGAUUUAGAAAAAUGGUUGGGAGCAUUAAUUUGGAGAUGUGAUGUUUUAGGAAGUGAGAGUUUUUAUAACUUUUGUGAUGUAUUUCUAUAUUUCUACAAUGUUAUAGUUAUAGUAGUUAAUUGGAAGAAAAUGGUUAUUACAACCAAAACCUUCUUUAAAAAUUCAUUAUGGACAUGCAUUUCCUAUUACAGACUUUCAUUAUGAACCUGAUACUUAAGUGUUUUUUGUUUUAACUACAGAUGAUUCAAUUUCCAGUAAAAUGUAAGGAUUUAUGGGUAUAUUUGGUAAAUCUUUGAAACCAUCCUUUCAUACAUAAUUAAUAUGUUACAGAUUAGAUGUUAAUAAAGAUGGAUAAGCUAUUGCUUAAAGCUUAUGGACUUUGUAAUAUUAAUAAAGAGGUACAAUGAUGAGAUGGGAUGAAAAACUCACUAUUUUAGGUAUUGGAUUUGAUGAUGGUCAAAUUGUUUGUUUAAGAAUUCCUACAAAUAAAUAAUAUUUGGAAUAUUCUGAAUUCUGUUGUAUUCAUAAACAUACUCAAUCAAUAAAUGGAAUUGCAUUUAAUAAUUUGACAGGUCAUUGUUAUAGUAUAGGUAGAGAUAAAUGUCUAAUAACAACAGAUCUUGCAAAUCCAAGUAAUGUUUUAAAAGGUAUUAUCAAUUCUUAAUAAUAGAAAAGGAUUUUACUAAUGAAUUAACAUGUAUGACUACUAAUCAAUAUAGACUUUUUGUAGGUGACAACAUAGGAAGUAUUUAUAUAUUCUCAUUUGAAAAUGGACCUUUACAUGCUAUUCACUAAAUCAAAUAGGAUGUAACUAUGCAUUUAACUUCGAUUCAAUUUUGUCCUAUUAAAAAUUAUUUAAUUUGUGGAAGCAAAGAAGGAUAUCUAAGCGUAUUUGAAAUUGCUAAAUAAGGAAAAGAAAAGAGUUCCAAUCAAAUAACAUUACUUAAAACACUUCCUAAUAAGGUUGUUUAAUUUUCUAUCAGUACAAAAGAAAUCUAUGUUAAUUAUGGAAAUUGUAUUGUCAUUUUAGAAUCCACAAAUAUGAAAUAUCUCUAUUCAUUAGAUGCUCAUGAUAAGGAUAUUACAAAAAUAUAAUUAUUUGAUUCAAUUGGUUUACUUAUUUCAAGUAGUAAAGAUAAUUCAGUUAAAUUUUGGUAAUAUAAGUUUUUCCCUCAUAUUUUAUUAAAUCAUGAUAUUAUACCAUAUAGAAAAGAACCUAUUACAGAAUAAAAGGUACAAAUAAGACAAUAAGGAGGAGAACAAAAUAAAUAAGUUUAAUAAACAUAGCAAUAAAUGAAACCUGAAUUAGAAGAUUUAGAUCAUUGGUAAUGA